CAAAACAAGAGCCACCAAAUCCAAAAUCCAAAUCCAAAUCUCCAUGGCUGAAACUAAACAACAAGAAGAAGAACCUCCCCUGUUUCCACCAUCAUCAACCUCUUGUUGCUCCUUCAUGCUUCUCUUGAAGAAACUUAUGAGCAAAAGACGAACAUGGGUUUUCCUCUUUCUCACUGUUUACACAAUUUUACUCUCAAUUUCCUGGAAUUUCCUCAAUUCAGUACUUUCUUGGUACGAAUCCACCAUGAAAUUGACACCCACUUCAGCUCUCUACGGAUCUAUGAUAUUAGGGCUUGCAUUUGGGGUUUUAUCGAUUGUAGCAGCUCUGAUCGUUGUUGUUCCAGCAACACUUGUAACUUGGAUAACUAUUUUGGUUUUGUUGACAUUUGCAGGUAAAGGGAGAAGGGAUUUGGUUAUCGAGGGGAAGAAAUUAACGGCUGAGAUUUCUGGGUUUGUUGUUAGGGUUUUGAUAAGAGAAGGGAAUCUUGUUGCUGUGAUUUGUGCUGUUCUUGGGUAUUUUGCACUUGUUAGAAGGAACAAAGAAGAUGGUAUUGAUUAUUGAGUUCAAAAAAUCGAGUUGAUCGUAAGCUUGAUCACAACACAAGUCUUAAUAGCUCAGUUGGUUGACUAUCUGAACUUUCAACUUAUUGGUAAGAGUUCGAUUCAUCAUAUAGUAAUACUUUCCCGUACCCCAUUAUAAAUCAGGGGUUCUUGUUGUAUUGGAGGGGUUCGAAUUAGCUCGUCUCGAGAUGAAAGAAAAGAUUGGUAAUUUGUGUUUCUUCAGUUUCAGGAUGUGAUAGACCUAGCCUAUCUUUAACUUUAGCUGCUUAGAAACCUAAACGAUUGAUGUUUUUUCCCGUCUUCCUAAUCAUGGUUCUUAUUUUAUUGGAGGGGGUUUGAAUCUUGUUCAACCUCGGAAUGUGAUGAGCUAUUCUAUCUUAACUUUCGCUGCUCAGAAGCCUAUAGGAUGGAUGUUUUUCCCCGUCUUCCCGGACCAAUUUACCUAUUUGGAAUUCUUCAGCUACCACCAUAUUAGUCUUGCUUUUGCCAAAAAAUCCGUCCUCACUCUACUGUUUUAUCGACUUUUGCUGCAAAGAUAUUAGUAGAGACAGUUGUUUGCUUGCUGGAAACUUCGACUAGUAUAUUCCUUCAACGCUAUGAUUACAUUUCUAGUAAUCGUUCUUUGUAUACUGUGAUCUUGAUAGUGAUAAUCUAGUCUUAGCAUAUGGAGGAGGAGGCCUUUGAUUGACGGGAAGUAAUUAAGAAGUCCGAUUGUUUUUGCCACACAUUGCCCUUUCAAGACAUCUCAGGACGACACAGCCUGAUUUUUGAGGGAUUUGGUGACUGAUCAGAAUUCGAUAAAGAUUCAAUCUUUGAGCUAAUUAGAAGCUACUUUUCAUCUUGAUUAGGGAUUUAGCUACAAGGGUGUAUAAGCAUAAGUUAGAAUUGGUAGCUUUGUGUAAACAGCAGAAAUGGUACAUGUUUCUGCAAUGUAUGUGAUGUAUGUAUAUAAAAUAUACAGUGGAAAACGGAUAGUAUUUUACCAGAUACUUGUGUUGAUGAAAGGUAACGAGAUAUUUUGCACA